AUGAUUCAUCUGCUAAAGGAACGAUCAACACGAAAUAUGGCAGAAUCAGCCACGGAAAAAAAGAUAGUCAACUUGGACGUCACUUCAGACACUGAGGAUUCAGAUGUCGAACUGGCAACAAAGGAUGUAGAUGUCAAACAUAACUGGGCAGACUUAUACGCCAAGCCAAAGUCUUGUUGUUUAACAUCAGACAUACCAUGCUUAAUUGAUUGGUUUAGUACUUAUCCUGAAGUUGAAGACGCCAAGACUUGUGCUCGAUACACAGAGUUGUUUGAGGUUUGUGGUUUUUAAAUUUAAUUUAACAGUUUUGGGUUACGUAAAAACGUUUUAAAGUACGGAUUUUAAAAAUUCAUAGUUUUCUUGUUUUUAGGUAAUCAACUUGUUUUUAAAAAAUUAAAACUUAUUUGGACAAAUAUUAUGUUUAUUCUUGUUUUAGAGUGCUUAUCCAACUUACGUUAAAUAUAACGUAAAACUGGCCGAGGUAUACCAAGAAUUUGCUAGAUUCCAGAAAAUCUACGAUUAUGCUGAAUUUGAAGAUAAAAUUAAGGUAAGUAUAUUAAUAUCUUAGCAGACCCAAUUACUAUGGGAGUGUAGGUGUAUGACAUUGUUUGCAAGCAAGUGAAAUAUGUCACUUUUUAUGUGUUUUACACAGCAUUUACUUAUUUCUUUUAGGCAGCUCAAAGGCUUCAGCAACUCCACGACAAGUACGAUUCGGAUGCCGAGUUUUACAAACUGCGCAAAGAACACCUUACGCAUCACCUCAAAUUAGAAGCGCUGAGGAGGCGGAUUGAAGAAUGGAAUGAAAAACAAUAA